ACAAACUCGUCCAUUCCUUCAACAGAAAAGAGCAGAAAGACAGCAAAACGCGCACACGCUUCCCUCAAAAUGGCUGGUCACGCGCCACCGCCUGUAAAAGUCGACCGCCAUACCACUCCACCCUUCCUCUUACGCCUCUUCUACAAACACAAUGCCUUCAAUCGCCUCGAUGAGUUCAUGCCUGACACGCGCCUGCCUGCCUCGCUGCAAAUCUACACCUGGCAAUCCUGCACACUGCGCGAGCUCUCCACCUUACUUCUUUCCGCGCUCCCAAACUUGCUGCAGAAGCCGUACCCAGGAACCCGCAUUGCCUUCCGCCUCGUCUACCCUGAUCUGGCAGGGUCGCAGCGAUCGGGCAUGGCGGGGCGUUAUCUGAGUCGCGAGCUAGGGAGCGUCGUAGUGGGCGAGGGUCUCAUCCCCGAAGAUGACAACGACGAGGGGGAUGCCAACACAGACACCAUCAUGGCCGAAGACGACAAGACCUCGAAAACAAACGGCGAUCACACCAAAUCAACAUCAACAAAAAGAUCCGGCAUAAACUCAACAACAGAGGCCCUCGCGCACCUCACAGGCGGUGAACCAGACAAAACUCUGCACGACGCCCGCUUCGUCAUCGGCGACUACAUCUGCGCUGCCAUCCUCCCUCCCCUCCCAGACGGCUCCAUCCAAAAUGUUCCCCCACCCCCACCGCCAUCCGGUCCUUCGAGAGGCGGAGGAGGAUAUCGUGAUGGAGGUGGAGCAUACCGCGGCGGAGGUGGAGGUAGAUUCUCCUUCUCGGAUGAUAGGAGAGGUGGUGGAGGCGGUGGCGUGCCACAAGGAGAAUGGCGCAGAGGCGAGGCCCCGCCCGAACGGGAACGCGAUCGUGAUCGCGACUUUGGGGGCUCGGGAUGGAGGGGUGGAGGUGGCGGGGGAAGUUAUCGUGGAGGAGGAGGCAGUGGUGGUGGAAGAGGAAGAGGGAGGUGGUAAAUGGAUAGACACUCCAUGCUUUCCAAGACCAAACAGGCUCAUUCACUGGAAUUACACUUUCACCGACAUGCCGUGUUUCUUUGUUAUACCCCCCACAAAACCCUCCUGGCAUAUUCGAGAUUGGUCGGCAUGCCAUCACUGCAUUUCACUGUAUUCUCGUUUCUUUCCU